GAUGGGAAGUCCUCAUCUGUGCGUAUCUGCAACCCCCAGGGCCCUAACUCUGCGCUGAUGAUGAUCCCUCAAUGAUUAUCAUCGGUUUACCUUAUGAUCACCGCCAAUCCCUCGCCGAAUCAGCGGCUUACAUACCCAAUAGUCACGAUUGUGCUAUCUACAGACGAUCAGAUGGACCUAUCCACCGGUGCCUCCAAGCACGGCAAUAGCCCGCGUAGAUCCGUGGUGGCAUCCCCGUGACAUGACGUCGAACGUUGACGUUCAUCACCACUGAGGCACGGUUGACGUCACGGCCCGAGGAAGCUACUGAGGUGUGUAUAUCAAGGAUGGGGUUUCGCACUGUGGUGGGAGACUCUUCAACGAACUUGCAUCUAUUCAGCUUCGAAGCAUACACCACACACAUAUACACACGCAAACUCAUAUACACACUCCAACAAUGUCAGGCUCACACUCCACCCCCAUCGCCGCCUCCAAGGACCAGCACUCCUACAACAUCGACGCCGUCAGCAACCAAGGCCAAUUCCACGCGAGCCGACCUCGGGACCACCCGAUGAUGACGGGCGGCCACCAACCGGGCCGGAUCACCUCCCCCUCUGACACAGUCCCGACCUUCCACGCGCAGACCAUGGCACCGGGCAGCGCGCCUCCCGAGCGAACCUUCCAGCCCAACGCCGCCGAGAACACAGUAGGCGACUCGAUCUUCCCGACGGGGAUAGAAGGCAUGCCGGGUGCGACAUCUGGCGACGUCCACCAGGGCCUGGGACAUCCCGGCUCCGGCAUGACCAGUAAGGAGGUUCACCACGACGGACAGCAUAAGCGCACGCGCCAGCGCCUCGGCCUCGCGAAACAUGCGACGGGACAGGUCUCCCAGGCCAGUGAGGAGCUCGGUGGCGCUAAUCCACGCCAGGACCCCAGGCAGAGGGGACUGGGCCAUGAGUUACCCAUGGGGAAUAAUAGGGGGAAUAAGGGCGAGAGAGUGGCGGAGGAUUUGCCUUCGGAUAUGGCUUAAGAAGGGAAUGAAGGGCUGGGAUGCACCGGGUCGUUGGGUGCAUAUUUAAGGGCUCAGGCUAUUUUUUGUAUCAAUCUCGCCAUGAGCGCGUAUGUAUUCAGUAGUCAAAUCAUCACGAGUAUGGCCGAAGAGUCCAUCCAAUUCUUUG